UCUCUUCGGCAUCUUCAUCAACUCCAAUCCGCGUUGUUUUCCCUCUCUUUGACCCCCCAAUCCACGCACACGAAACACGCACAUAUGCAUAUAGUAUUCUGCGUAUAACUCGCCGGUAGAAGUUGCUAAAAAGGGUUAUCGGAAAUGGCGUCGCCGUCGGAAGAGCAGAAGAAUCGGGAGGAGACUCCCACUGUUAAAGAAAUGAUGCAUAAAAUGAAAAUAAUUCAGUUUCUUGGAAGAACUACUCCGAUUAUACUUCAGAACGACAAUGGCCCUUGUCCUCUUCUCGCUAUUUGUAACAUUCUGUUGUUGAGAAACAAUUUGAGUUUGAGCUCGGAUGUAGCUGAAGUAUCGCAGGAGAAAUUACUUUCGCUUGUGGCGGAGCGUCUAAUUGAUUCAAACAGUAACGUCGAUAACAAAGAUGCAGGGUACGUUGAAAAUCAGCAACAGAACAUAGCUGAUGCCAUUGAUUUACUCCCUCGUCUUGCAACUGGAAUUGAUGUGAACAUAAAAUUCACGAGGAUCAAUGAUUUUGAAUUCACGAGGGAGUGUGCCAUAUUUGAUUUAUUAGAUAUUCCACUUUAUCAUGGUUGGAUCGUUGAUGCACAGGAUUCUGAUACUUCAAACGCCAUUGGCUCGAAGUCCUACAAUACGCUGAUGGGAGAACUUGUUGCUCUGGAAACUCAAAAUAUGGCAAGUGUUUUAAAGAAGAAUCCCGAAGAAGGUUGUGUUGCCUUUGUUGCUUCAACAACAGCAAGCUUAGAAGUCCUGUCUCCAUCCCUUUCUAGAGGUUCUCCCCACCCCAUAUCUGAUGAGCAAAUAGAAAGAGAAAGAGACCUCGAAGAGGAAGGAGAGCUGUUGAGAGCCUUGAAGCUAUCAGAGACCGUCGGUCCAACUUCAGCAAGUGAUGUGAAUGUUACUGGUACAGCUGAGGAAACCCUAUCUGAAAAUUUAAAAGGUGAAUACCUCAAGCAUGAACCUGCUCUUCUUGGGGAUGCAUUACAAGUGCAUACUAAUGCCAAGGUUCAUGAGCCCUCCACAGCUGAAAGUAGCAAUCUGGUAAACAAUUACAAUGAUGAUUUGAUAACUUUUGAAACAAUUCCUGGGCAAGAGGUAUGUUCAUCCUUGGAAGCCGACAAGGAAAGCCAUAAUAGACAAAUGAAUACUAAUGUAUCAGAGAGGCAUGAAAGUAAUGACGGAAUUGAGAAAACUGUCAUUGAAGUAUCAGCAAAAAAAGAAAAUGUCUCACUUGGUUUUUCCGAAUCAGAUCCUUCACCUCCUGUUGACAUACCAAAGGAUAAUUCAGGUGGAAAUGAAAAGACACUUGACCAAUCAACUAUGAAUGCUGAUGCAAAUGAAGUUGAAAAAGUCAAUAUUGAUGAAAAGACUUCAAAUGAAUUAUACUCAGCUGUACCUGAUGCGGUUUUAGAAUCAUCAAAGGGCAUGACACAAACUAUUAAUGAAUCCAAUUCUGUAACUUCAACCGCUGAUGGGAAUGAACCCAUUUACAGAGAGGAAUGCAUAUUGGAAACGAGCACUAAAACAAAUGAAGGUCGAGAGCCUAUAUAUGUAGGUGAGGUCGUCAUGUCAGAACAAGUGGACAAGGAUGAUACCAGUGCUGAUGAUACAAGGCCCAAAGAUGGAACUACUGCAAGACAAGGGGAACUGAUUACAAAUUUUUUGAAGAACAGUGCCAGUCAGUUGACCAUACAUGGCCUAUUUUCCUUGCAAGAUGGUCUAAGAGAACGUGAACUUUGUGUGUUUUUCCGAAAUAACCACUUCAAUACAAUGUUCAAGUUUGAAGGUGAACUAUACAUUUUAGCUACGGAUCAAGGUUACAUAAAUCAACCUGAUUUGGUAUGGGAAAAGCUAAAUGAGGUCAAUGGUGAUUCAGUGUUUAUGACCAAUAACUUCAAGAAAUUCACGGUAGAAAAUCAUGACACACGCUCAUGGAAUGAGCAGAAUGUGAUGGCUAAUACUGUUGAUUAUCUUGCCAGAAUUGACAAUACAGCACAAGGGGACACAAGUUUCAAUUCUGAUUUGCAAUUGGCUAUAGCCCUUCAGCAACAAGAAUUCGAGCAGCAGCAGCAGCAGCCACAACGCGUUUUGCCGCAGUCUCCUACCACUGCACCUUCAGGGCUUGUUGUGGGUCCCCAGCACGUGCGUCCUGCAAGGCCAAGGAACGCGACUUCAUCGAUAAGGCAGGAGCCGAAGCCUACAAAGGAGAAAUGCAUUGUGAUGUGAAAAAGCUUGCAGGUUUGGACUAUUUGCUGUAAGUAAAUAAUGAAUGAAUGAAUGGAUGGUAGGAGUAUUUGGUAUAUGGAACAUAUGGCUGAUUAUGCACAGAAUGUUGUAAACAUAUUUGACAUUAGAGAAAUCGCUGCUUAUAUACAAGUUACCAUCCAUUUUUCAAA